CGGAGAUGUGACGUAGUACCGUCAGCUGUUCGUGUUUUGCUUCUGUUUUCGCCUUCUUUUCUUCAAGGGUCUGGAUAACCGACCUCAACAAAUAACUGCAGUGAAAUCCAAUUGAAUUCAUCUUAUAGCGGAGAAAGCCGCCUCUGCUCUGAGCGCUCACUUACAUUUCACCCUGUCCAACUUUCUUACAAAUUGGAUCCGUCUUCCGCCGACAUCGAGCGAAGAGGUGCAGCCGAUCCCAGGCCUCCAAUCCAGGGCGGAGGGAGGGAAGGAGGUCCCUGGGAAUCGGGAUGGAGACCGGAGAGAGUAACUGCGGGCCUGGUGGGCCGGACGGACCGGCACUCCAGUUUGGAUGCGCCUCUUUCAACCAAGACUCCACGUCACUGGCUUUGGGAACAAAGACAGGCUACAAGCUGUUUUCUCUGACCAUGGUGGAAAAACUGGACUGUAUCCAUGAGUGUGCAGACACUCCAGAUGUCUACAUCGUGGAGCGUCUGUUCUCCAGUAGUCUGGUAGUCGUGGUAAGCACUGCCAUACCGCAGCGCAUGAACAUUUACCACUUCAAAAAGGGGACAGAGAUCUGCAACUACAGCUACCCCAACAACAUCCUGGCUGUCAAGCUCAACAGACAGAGGCUCGUGGUGUGCCUUGAAGAGUCCAUUUAUAUCCACAACAUUAAAGACAUGAAGCUGCUCAAGACUCUGCUCAACACUCCGUCCAACACCUCAGGUCUCUGUGCUCUUUCUGUCAACCAUUCCAACUCCUACCUGGCGUACCCCGGUAGUGCCACCUUUGGGGAGAUCAUAGUGUACGAUUCCAACAAUUUGAACACAGUGACCAUGAUCCCGGCUCAUGACAGUCCUCUGGCAGCUCUUACCUUCAACUCCUCCGCCACCAAACUUGCCAGCGCCUCAGAGAGGGGCACCGUCAUCAGAGUGUUCUCCAUUCCUGAGGGCCUGCGUCUGUUUGAGUUCCGCCGGGGUAUGAAGAGGUACGUCAAUAUAAGCUCUUUAUCCUUCAGCCCUGACGGACUGUUCCUCUGUGCAUCCAGCAACACAGAGACGGUGCACAUCUUUAAACUAGAGCAACUGGGACCAAGUGGAGGGGACGAGGCUUCCUGGACAGCCUACGUGGGGAAGAUGUUCUCCGCAGCCAGCAGCUACCUCCCUGUUCAGGUAUCCGGCAUGAUGAGCCAGGACCGGGCCUUUGCCACCGUUCACCUUGUGACAUCCGGCCAGAGGAACGUCUGCACCCUAGCUAUGAUCCAGAAGCUUCCGCGGCUACUGGUGGCCACAGCUGACGGCCAGCUGUUCAUCUACAACGUGAAUCCACUGGAUGGAGGCGAGUGCAUGUUAGCCCACAAACACAGGCUUUUUGGUAUUGAUGAUGACGAAGGUGAAGAAGGAGAGUCAGAAGGGUCAGAGGUGACAGGGCCAGCACAGGCUUGUCCAUCUUACGCUGCAACCGCUGCCUUACCAGCUUCUGGUCCCAUCACUGCAACCCUCACUGGCUACUCUGAAGAUGGUGGGGAAAAGAAAGGCGAAGUAAUUCCAGAACACGAGUUCGCUGCUGGACCUGUGUGUCUGGACGACGAGAACGAGUUUCCUCCUGUGAGCAUCCAGAAGUGCUAACUGUCCGCUAUAGCUAGCUCUACUACAACAGAUUAAUUGGUGCCGAGACGGGACUGGAGGUGGCCAGGCCAGGCGCUCGUGAAUGGGUAGACGGUCAGAGGGACAAACAGACAGAGGUGCUGGCAAGUGCGAUGAACAGCAACAGUCUAAAAUCUUUCAGGGUGCCAUGGUGUUUUUUUACGUUUAAGAGAAAAUAAUAAUGAUUAACAUUAACAUACAAGUUGAUGUGGGAAGCAAAACACUGGCCAAGAAGUAAACGUCAUGCAGUAAUUUCAGAGAGAGCCACAAUCUUGUCCUCAUGUUACAUAAUUAUUGUGUUAAAGAUACACUUCUGAUUCUGUCACAGCACCAAUAAAGCACCUCUAAACUUCCUUUCAGCUUACUGUUGACUUUCAAAACCUCAACUGUGAACUGUGAGGAAAUUUCUGAAAUUGUUGAUGCUGUUGGCUACUUAAAUACUAAAAUCAGGGAGUUUGUCUGUAAGGAGUGUUUUAUGGAAGUAUGAGAUGCAUGCUGGAGCAGAAAUAUAACCACAAUUUUCAUAGCUUUUUUUACUUGACAAAUAUUUUUAGUAAGUUGCAUUAUUGUAGCAACAUUUAUAUUUUUCUCAAUAAUAAUAUUUUAGUUAAUGUCCAUGAUUAAGAAUUGUUUUAAUUUUGAUUCUGUAAUGUAAUGACUGCAUUGAUGUGCAUUAGAUGUUUCAGUGUAUGCCUCCUGGAGACAUUUCAGAAGGUGUGUAUGUACUGUAUCUUUGUUUGUGCCUAUUAUCAUUUGUAAAAGAGCAAAGUAUUUUGCAAAUUGCACAAGACCAAAACAAGUGAAAGAAAAAAUAAAUAAACAGAGUGGAGAAAAAAAAUGAACCUAUGCAA